AGGAUUCACGUCAAAUACAAACGCGUCAAGGUUUGAGGAAAUAUUGGAGGACAGUGAAUUCUCGUCGACGAUUUUGAUUAUUCACAGCCAACUCGUUUUCGAUGAAUUCGGAUUAAUAUAAAAUCUCAUCAGAUUAUUUCACUGGGACAUUUAUAAUGUCUUCAGUCCAGCGUGCAUUUGCUCACAAAUUAAGCAAACAGCAUGCUGCUGAUGUAAGGCGGCAAAUUGCUACUUCUACUUCCUAUUCCCGUGAUUUAUCAAAAAGUGGUAGCAGUAUAUCAGGAUUUUCUUCUAUGAUGUCGUUGUGCGAGGUAUUAGAACCACUUGAUUAUGAAGAAUUCUUAGGACAACACCAGUCAGUGCUAGAACGUGAGCCUUUAAAACCAAUACUAGAUUUUCCUCCGGGAGAUGUCGAAUUGAGAGUUGUAAAGAGGAAAAUUCGAACAGAGGAGCCAGUAGUCCCACAUGAAUCAAUAGAUACUGUGUCGCCUUAUGUGAAAAGAUGCAUUGAAAGUUUUACUUCAGACUGGAUUGUAAUACAUCGCAAAUAUAAAGGGAGAAUUUCACCUAUUGCCAGAGACAGAUUACUUCAGGAUACACCUAGACAAGAUUUUGAAGUAGAUCAAGAAGAUGCAAAUGGCUGUGUAUCACCGAACGAAGAGGAUGAUUUGUCCAACUCCGGAGAUACUCCAAGAGGAUCUUGGGCAAGUUUGGAUUUGCGACAUUCACAACAUGAUCCUCUUCUACCGACUUUAUUAGAUCGCGUCUGCCUUGAAACAAUCGAUCAAAUGAACGAACAAAAAAGAUUGGAAGAUCGACAGGAAGCCUUAUUUCCUCUUUAUGCUCCUCCAACUUCUCCUGAUGACGAAUGGCAAGAAAUUAACAUUGCUCCAGAACCUACAGAGCCUUUUGCUCAUAAAAUUCUCGUGAAAUGUCUGCAAUUAAAAUUAGAACUAGAAGUGGAGCCAAUAUUCGCGAGUCUUGCACUGUAUGACGCCAGAGAAAAGAAAAAAGUAUCGGAGAAUUUCUAUGUCGAUAUGAAUUCAGAAGGGUUGAAAAGAAUGCUUGGAGGACACAUUGCUUAUAGCGAUGCAAGUACCUUAGCCAGAAGUUGUGUUUUGAGCAUCAGUAAACCUAGUCCUGAUUUGUUUCUUGUCGUGCGGCUAGAGAAAGUAUUGCAAGGCGAUAUAUCGGAGUGUGCCGAACCAUAUUUACGUGAAGAUAAAAAUAAAGAUAAAGUUAAAGCUGCCGCUGCCGCUGCAUGUGAACGCCUUGGUCGUUAUAGAAUGCCUCUCGCAUGGACUGCAAUUCAUCUGUCUGGUGUAAUUGGUGGUGGUGGUGACACGGAUAGCACUGGCAGCGCUGGAUCCUUAGACAGAAAGUCGGGAGGUUUGGAACAAUGGCGAAAGAAAGUGGAACCGCCAACGCGACGAGGUUCGCUAGAAAGACGGAGCUCAGACAAAAGACGCAGUUGGUCACCAGACGAUUUUGCCAAUUGCCUCGAUAGCUUUAGGCCCAUAACUUUAACAGUUUCGAGCUUUUUCAAGCAGGAAAGCGAACGACUUCGCGAUGAAGAUCUUUAUAAACUUUUGGUUGAAUUACGAAGACCUGGAUCUAACUUGAAACGAUUAAAAUGCUUACCAGGGAUAUUGAAAUUGGAUCUCAGUCCCAGACCCGAAGAGCUGCCGAGGUGUCUAGAUCCUGAUCUUAGAAGAUUAGUUCCAUAUCCGGAUGAAAAGAGUCGACCUGUUAAGGAGAUACUCGAGUUUCCGACCGAAGUUAUUUCGCCAGAUUUGACGUAUCGCAAUCUUCUUUAUCUUUAUCCCAAGGAAGCAAACUUUAGUUCUAGAACUGGCUCAGCUCGCAAUAUUGCUGUAAGAAUUCAGCUCAUGGGAGGUGAGCAAGAAGCCGACGCGCUCACAGCUAUCUUAGGUAGAUCAUCCUGUCCCGAGAUGACACACGAAUACUUUACUUCCGUGUCAUAUCACAAUAAAAAUCCAAACUUUUACGAUGAAAUCAAGAUGAGGCUACCUGCGGAUUUAAGUGCAAAACAUCACUUAUUGUUCACUUUUUAUCACAUUAGUUGCCAGAAGAAAGUGGAACAACCAAACGUCGAAACGGCAGUCGCAUAUACAUGGCUACCGCUUUUAAGAGAUGGUCAUCUCCAAUCAGGCGAAUUUAGCUUGCCUGCUAUGCUGGAUCCGCCACCCGCAAAUUAUUCCUAUAUUGCACCUGAUGUUCUUUUACCGGGCACUCGAUGGGUAGAUGCUCAUCGAGGGGUUUUCACUGUCAUAUUGGAGCCCGUUUCCAGUGUUCAUCCGCAAGACAAAUAUAUCGACAGAUUUUUAUCGUUAUGCGGAUUUUUAGAAACCGGUCAAGUUCCGCCUCGUAUAGGCGAAGCGGGCAUGGAAUCAGAAUUGAAAUCGUCGCUCCUCGAAUUAGCGCGCGCAUCGCAUUCUGCUUUGGUACGAUCUCUUCCUCAAUUACUGGAUCAAUUACUGUGUCUUCUAGUGCGACCGCCAACCUUACCGUCUCAAUCAUUGAACGUCGCCGCUACCAUUUUUGAGGCUUUAGGACUGCUUGUGCGAAAUAUCACCAAUCUGCCGGACGGUCAACUGGACGCACAUGGAAGACAUGCUCUUUUAGCCACUUACAUAGCGUAUCAAUGCUCUCUACCGAGCAUGACUCACAUCGGGAGCGUUGCACGAGCACAGAGUAAUCCCGAUUUGCCUUUGGAAGAUCUGGAGAUGGAGAUCCACUCACGAGGGUUGGACAGAACUGCGUCGAUGCGGCAAGAAUCUCCCUCAGUCAACAGUCAUCCCACCAGAAGACUUCUACAUGAGGAACUUGCUUUGCACUGGGUUGUAUCCACCGGUCAGGCACGCGAGCUGGCAAUAACUCAUUCCUGGUUCUUCUUAGAGUUGAUAAUGCGUUCGAUGGUCGUGACGCUGUCCGAAAUGGGAUCCUUAGAGGCAUUGCGGAAACUGAGAUUUUCACCGCAGUUUUGUGACGACGUCGCUACGCUCACCGCUGCGUUAACAUCCGAGGUGAUAUCUCGUUGCGGCAAGGAGAUCCGCGUGGCAUCCAAUUUAAUAUCGAGUCUUGGCAAUUUUUUGUCUGACCUGUUAUCUGUAAUGGACAGAGGAUUCGUGUUGUCACUCGUUCGCGCCGCCUGUUGUUCGCUGUCGGAUGCGUCGAUGCAUAUUCCUGAUUCGGCGGCAUUAUUCGCUUUGAAGCUCGAUCUCGUGAGAACGGUGUGCUCGCACGAGCACUACGUAGCAUUGAAUCUUCCCUUCGGUACCGGCUAUACAUCAGGAUCCGCUCCAGCAUCACCCAGUCCAUCAACCGGCAGCUCAGGUAGUCUGAUAUCCACUCUCGUGCCCGGGGAUAGAGCUCGCUUUUCGGAACUCAGUCAAGAAUUCAGGCAGCAGCAUUUCCUGGUCGGCAUCGUUCUGUCCGAUCUGGCAAACACCCUGGAGAUACCAAAUCCGAUGUUACAGAAUAAAGCUAUCGGAACUGUUCGACAUCUUAUGAGUUGCCAUGAUGCUGAUCCACGAUAUUCCGAUCCUGCAGCAAAGGCUAGAGUCGCUGCGUUAUAUCUGCCAUUGCUUAGUAUCUUGAUGGAUGCCUUACCCCAGCUUUAUCAUUGGGACUCCAAAGAUAAAAGUGUUUAUCCGGAUGAAUCUGGAUCAAUCACGCAAUCGGUAGCAUUGGCCAUUGCAGGCGGAGCAUCGGCGGAUACUGCGGGCAAUCAGUGUCGCGUAUCCUUGAGUUCCGAAGCUACUCGACAUUUAUUAAUGUGUGUCUUAUGGGUGCUCAAGGGAUUGGAGCGAACUGCUCUAGCACAAUGGUGCUCCGAACUCAGUGCGAGACGCAUAUUGAGCUUGCUGCAAGUAUUGAAUAUAGCCACCGCAGCUUUUGAGUACAAAGGCAAGAAAGCACUUAAAAGAUUACCACCUCAAGCAACGGCCACUAGUGACAUUAGAUCGCGAUUGGAAGACGUGAUUCUCGGUCAGGGAAGUGCUAGGAGCGAAAUGAUGCUGCGAAGAAAGGAGAGAGUGACCGGAGAUAAAUUGAGAUGGCGCAAAGAUCAAAUGCCUUACAGAUCUUGCGAACAACCGGAGGGAAGAGCUGUGGAACAAGAUGCCCAUAUAGAAGGAGCCUUAGCGGCUGAGGCUUCUCUUGUUGUAUUAGAUACUUUAGAAUCUGUAGUUCAAGCUGAUGGCGGUGGAGGUGCAGUUGUUGGUGCGGUAUUGAAAGUGUUAUUAAGAGCUCUGGCUAGAAACCAAAGUACAUUGGUUCUUCAGCACAUGUUCAAUACACAACGAGCUCUAGUUUUUAAGUAUCAUAGUGCAUUGUUCGAUGAGGAAAGCGAGCGCUGUGGGGAUUUGUGCUUAACACUACUCACUCGGUGUAGCUCGCCUUUAAGCGCUAUUAGAAGUCAUGCAGCUGCGAGUUUGUAUUUACUGAUGCGACAAAAUUUCGAAAUUGGGAAUAAUUUUGCGCGCGUCAAGAUGCAAGUCACAACAUCGUUAUCCGCUCUUGUUGGGAGAGGAAGGGCUCCUAGUGAAGGAGCGUUACGUAGAGCCUUGAAAACGGUGCUGGUGUAUGCCGAGAGAGAUACAGAGCUUGCAGACACGAGUUUUCCCGAACAAGUGAAGGAUCUACUAUUCAAUCUUCAUAUGAUUCUCUCUGAUACUGUUAAGAUGAAGGAAUUCCAAGAGGAUCCUGAAAUGCUCUUGGAUCUAAUGUAUAGAAUCGCCAAGGGUUAUCAAGGAUCACCUGAUCUUCGUCUGACUUGGCUCGCAAACAUGGCACAGCAGCACAUGGAAAGGAAAAAUCACACAGAAGCAGCAAUGUGUUUAGUGCAUAGUGCCGCUCUAGUAGCAGAAUAUCUUCAUUUGUUAGAACCUGGUGGCGGUGGUCGGCCUGUAGGAGCCGUCGCUUUGAAUGCCGUGACACCGAAUGCUUUAGAAGAAAGCGCUGUCGGCGAUGACGUAUUAGCUAGAAGGGAAGAAGGACUUUGUUUAGGCCCUGAUUUUUCAGAAAGCGGAUUGGCAGGUUUAUUAGAGCACGCGGCUAGCUCUUUUCAUGCAGCUGGAAUGUACGAAGCUAUUCCUGAUGUCUAUAGGGUGUUACUGCCUAUAGCGGAAGCUGCACACGACUAUAAGAAAUUAGCUAAUAUUCACGGUAAACUUCACGAAGCAUAUACGCGUGUGGAACAAUUGGCCGGCAAACGCGUCUUCGGAACAUACUUUAGAGUUGGUUUCUACGGUGCCAGAUUCGGUGAUCUCGCUGGUGAAGAAUUCGUUUACAAAGAGCCUACCUUGACGAAACUUCCGGAGAUAUUCUCGAGACUCGAGAACUUUUAUGCCGAAAGAUUCGGCGUGGAUAAUAUAGUCAUAAUAAAGGAUUCAAAUCCUGUGGAUCCUAGCAAGCUGGAACCAGAUAAAGCUUAUGUUCAGAUCACUUAUGUAGAACCGUAUUUCGAAGCGCACGAGCUUAGACACAGACCAACAGUUUUCCAUCGAAAUUUCAAUAUAAAGCGAUUCGUUUAUGCGACACCUUUUACUCCUGGUGGCAAAGCACAUGGCGAGUUACGCGAACAAUGCAAACGAAAGACUAUAUUAACGGUGGCGACGCAUUUCCCGUAUUUAAAAACCAGAAUUCGAGUUGUAGCUCGAAAACAGAUAGUCCUAAGUCCUAUUGAAGUGGCAAUUGAAGACAUACAGAAGAAGACUGCUGAGGUGGCCGCUGCGACCGUUCAAGAACCACCCGACGCAAAGAUGCUGCAAAUGGUUCUUCAAGGUUGCAUUGGCACGACGGUCAAUCAAGGACCUGCUGAAGUAGCGGUCGUAUUUCUUUCCGGUUUGCGGGAACAAAAUGCGCAACCGAGCAGACUACAACACAAGCUUCGUUUGUGUUUCAAAGAUUUCCAAAAAAAAUGUCUCGACGCUUUGCGGCGUAACAAGAAUUUGAUUGGUCCCGAUCAGCGGGAUUAUCAGCGGGAACUGGAGAGAAAUUAUCAAAGAUUAACUGAAAGAUUGGCACCUCUUAUUGCUUGGAGCGGACCAUUCUUAAUUAAUCAGCAAGUUGUACCAUCGACUCCUCCACGCUGGUAAGGAAAUGAAACACUGCCAUAGAAGCUUACCAAAGACUACUGUAUCCAAUUAUUAAUUGCAAUUGUCAUUUAACAUAUAGCAAAUUCUGCUUAUAAUC